UUUCCCUCUCUUUCAAACACACUCCCUUUCUCUCUCCUCUCCCUACGUUUCACCUCCGCCAAGCUCUCCACCUGAUCCAACCCGAACAUGGACCGUCCGGGACCCACGGCCCGGCCCCACGGCGGGGGCCGCGAGGACUGCUGGAGCGAGGUGGCGACGGAGGCCCUGAUCGAGGCGUGGGCCGACCGUUUUCUCCAGCUGACCCGCGGCAACCUCCGUCAGAAGGACUGGAAGGAAAUCUCCGACGCCGUCAACGGCCGCGAUGACGGCGGCGACGGAGGAGGAGAAGGAGCGAAGCCGUACAAGACGGACGUCCAGUGCAAGAACCGGAUCGACACGCUCAAGAAAAAGUACAAGCUCGAGAAGUCCAAGCCCUCCCCUUCCUCCUGGCGCUUCUUCCCUCGCCUCGAUUUCCUCAUCGGCGCCAACGCCAAGAAGCCCGCCACCGCCGUCACUCUCACCAUCAAAAGGCCCGGUCCAAGGCCCCUACCGCGUAAUCGGUCGCCGGAGAGCUCGAUCGGCGACGAGGAUGGGGACGAUGAUGAGUAUGGUGAUGGUGAUGACGUGGUGGUGAGGAAGCAUCGGACGGAGGCGGGGGAGUUGUCCGAUGGGGCGGCGGGUAGGGAAUUGGCGCGGGCGAUACUCAAGUUCGGGGAGAUUUACGAGAGGAUCGAGAGCUCCAAGCAGAAGAUGAUGAUGGAAUUGGAGAGGCAGAGGAUGGAGUUUGCUAAAGAUCUUGAAUUCCAGAGGCUCAACAUGUUCAUGGACGCUCAAUUGGAGUUGGAGAAGAUGAAGCGCCCCAAGUACGCCCCUGGUUCAGUGGUUGGCUUCAAAACAUGCUGGGGAUAUCAGCAAUCUCACCAAAAGGCACGUCCCAUUUCCAUAGGUUGGAAAGAAACCAAAUUUGUUGGCUGCUAUUUGCUUCCGCUGCUUGCUUUGUGCAUCUAAACUGCAGUACUCAAUCUUGUUUCAAGUUAUGCUCUAGUACUAAGCAGUCCAUGGCCUUUUGCAUUACUUUAGCAGGGAAGAAGUAACUUGAUGAACGAGCAUUAUCCAAUGUUCAUAAACUAGGUGCAGUUUGGAAACCUGUGGAAGCCCGUGUUGGAUUCAUAGGUACCCGUUCUCCUUGAUUCAUGUGCAGGCUUGCAAAUUCAGGGCUUUUGAAGCAGAAGAACCUAGUUCGCAUCGAUUGUUGUACUGUGUUGUGUACAUGGUUAGUUUCCCUCUGUAACAGAUUUGUGAGUCCUUUUGAAUUUUUGACAGAAAAUGUAACAUUAUCGCCUCCAUGUCCAUCGUAAGUAAAUUCUUUGGUUUCCCACGUUCAACUCUAA